CCCUCCCCUCCAACCAUCCACCCGUCUCCUCCCCUCCACUUUUUCCCCGGCACAUCCCCCGUGUCGUCGGAUUGAUUUUCGUUGGGGUCGCGAUUACCUAACUCGAACGCAGCACGCGCUGCCCAGUGGCUGACCUACACCCACCCGCACGCUGAACCUAUGCUCCGCCAUCGGCAGCACGCCUGUCGUCAACGUUCUUAUUACUCAUUCCCUCUAUAAACCCACCGGUCCCUCGAUUCUCCCCCGCUUCGUAUUUUUUUCGUGCGACUCAUCACAUCGCGCGAUCCUUAGAUUUUCCACACCCUUGUCGCCUCUCGCGCUGGACAUCGCCAUGGAGUCCCGAACCGCGACGGCUGAGCCGUCCAGUAAACGGCCGCGCUCCCCCUCGGGUGACUUCCCCCCUAUCGCUUCCAAAGUGCCCAAGACACAUUCGAAUCACCUGCAGAUCAACUAUCUCGCCCGGCAAUACCCAGACAACCUCCCUCUGGUGUCCGUCGACGAUACUAUGCCCGCCAUCAUCCACCUCAUCGGCGAGUACGACGGUGUCCUACAUCGUCACGAGAGCAUUGCGGGCAACCUGGGCGCGUGCCCCCUCGGGCCCAUCCUGAUCAAGCGCUUCGAGAGGCUGUUUGACGGGCCGCCCCGGGUGCUCAAAUCGCAUGGCAAGGAUUCUCCGAACGUGACCUGGCUGGAUGUGGUUGAGUUUGCCAAGAACAAACCCGAGCAGUUCAACCUGGAGAAGUCUCGCAAUGGGGUGCGCGUGUGUCAGUUCUACACCAAGCAAUGUCGGGUCGAAAUCAGUGAGGAGGACUUUGUCCUGAUCGCAUCGGGAAUGCCUCAGAAGAUGAUUCCGCCGCAACCGAUUAUCGAGGAUGAGGAAAAGGAAUUGGGCGCAUUGGAAAUUUUGGAAAAGAACCUGCAGCAGAUCAUCCAGGUGGCCGACCAAGUGUCCGCACGAGCCCGACAACUCAACCAUCGCUUGAAGAACCGCCGGACUGCGAUUGUCACGCGCCGGGAGAACGACACCACCCUUCAUUCCCAGCGCCAGCAGCAACAUCGAUCCAUCAGCCCUGCAUGGCGCGAGGCCAACGGCCACAGUACAAACCCGCUGAACGGCAACGCCCCGGCCAGCAUCCACUCUCCUCCCACCGGCUUUGUAGCCGUGAAUGCCGGCCGGUCCGGUGCCGCGGAAGCCGCCGUGGAGGAAAGUGGGCUGUCGUCACAGUUCAUGUUCUCACACCCCAACACGGACAAUGUCACCAUAAUCAACGGGACCUCCAUUAAAGGCGCCUCUCCAACGACACGUGCGGAGCUGAUGAAGAAAUUCUUCACGACGCAAGACCGACAGGCGCGCAGCCAGGAAGAGGCGCCGGAUCCCACCAGCCGACCGUCGUCUCGGCCGCGGCCCCGCGCAUCGGAUGCCGCGGACUACAACAUGUAUACGCCGGCUCCUACGACGGUUGCCAUUCCCAACACGCCGUCGUCCCUCCUGCCUCCGCCCAAAUCCCACCACCACGAGAAGGAUGACGGCGGCCCGCAUAAGAUGGAAAUGGUUGCGCGCAUGGAGGAGCUGCAGCGCGGCGAGCGCAUCAUCCCCCCCUGCGAUCGGUGUCGGCGGCUGCACAUGGACUGCCUGAAAAACCUGACGGCGUGCAUGGGCUGCACCAAGAAGCAUGCCAAGUGCUCGUGGAAGGAUGUGAAGGAGGAUGAGCUGCGCGAGAGUCGUCUCGACCGCAGUCCUCGAGAGCGGGUGGAGGAGCCGGCGUCGCAAGAGGUUUCAUCGACCCACGCAUUGGCUACGCCCGUGCAGGCGUCUACCUCGGCCGCACCGACCCCCGCUUCGGGUCCGCUGUCUGAGCCGGAGCGACACUUUGAGCGCGAGCACGAGUACGAGGGGCCUACCGAAUUCAGUGUGCGACGCGAGUCCGCCCCGACGACGGGGCCGGCUUCGGGGACGCCGCUGAAGAAGGACGUGUCGCCGCGUCGCGCGAUGAGCGAAAUCCACGGGAGCAGCAUGAUGGGGCAUGACCGCCGGGUCAGCAUGCACCGGCACGCGGACCCGGAUGACGAUGACCCUGAUGCGAAUCAGCGGCUGAUGCAGGCGAUAUUGGAUACAGUGGACCACCACACGCGGGUGGCGGCAGCAGUGAAGGAGGGCGGGCACGAGGUCAGCCAUGAGCGCGAGCGCGAGCGCGAGAGAGAAAGAGAAAGAGAGCGGGAACGGGAGCGGGAGCAGGAGCGCGAACGCGAACGCGAACGCGAGCGGAAGAUGGUGCGGGCGUAGUGUAUAUCAUCAUGGGUGGCCUGUAUCUAGGCAGUCUUUGUUUGAGCGAGUUAGCGGAUAUCCCGGAGUACUGAUAGCAUUACUAUGCACUGAUCUGAGUCUUGGAAUACCGCUACUAGUCCUCCGUAACACCCGUAACAUCCGCAGUACUAAUAGUCGAAUCCAGUGUAGUCGGAGUUAGUCAUUCCCGGAGUGAACUGCCGA